GAGAGCCUUCUCAAAAGGACAACCCCAUGACUACUACUACUACGGCUUCGUGUAAUGUAACAAAUAUUGGCAGAUUACCCGUGUUCUUUUUACGAAACAAUGCAGCCGUUCCAUUACAAAGCCUGUUUGAAUAUUUCUCGAAAUGUUGAGACGUGUACAAAAAGAUUCUUUCAUAAGCAGAGGCUUACAAAUGCAGCUGUCCAGAAGAAGCGUUCCGAACUCUUUACUAAGGAGGCUAAACGACAGGCAGCUCUUAUCACAGAUGUGGAAAAGAUUGAGGUGAAAUAUAAUGGACAGCCUAAUGAUUGUACACUUAUUAUGAAUAAAAAUAUGUCUACACCAUUUAACUGUGCACAACAUAUCGGUCAGGCCAUUAUGGAUAGAUCUGUAUUAGCAGAAGUAAAUGGACAAGUCUGGGACAUGCAUCGACCCUUGGAGGAAGACUGCACAUUAUCAUUUUUACAUUUCAGACAGCCUGAUCCAUAUUAUGUCAACCGUGCUUUUUGGAGAUCAGCCUCAAUUAUGCUGGGUGGUGUUUUGGAAACCAUUUUCAAAGAUGACAUUUAUGUUGAGCUCUGUUCAUUUCCUUCUCCUAAUGUGCGUACUGGAAGUUUCGUAUAUGACGCUGACCUGAAGAUGCCUAGUUGGGAGCCAAGAAAGGAGGAACUUCGUACAUUGUCAGGAGCAAUGGUCAAGCUUUCUCUUUCUGCACUACCUUUUGAGAGGUUAGAGGUUGAUGCCAAAUUAGCAUUUGAGAUGUUCUCAGACAAUCAGUACAAAAGGGCUCAAGUUCCAAAUAUAGCUGCCCAUGGAGAAAAAGGUAACAGUGUGGUUCUUUACCGAGUUGGAGAUUUUGUUGACAUGAGCAGAGGACCACUCAUAAGCAACACCUGUCACAUGGGGAAAGUUUCGAUAGUGUCAGUUCAUCCCAUGAAAGUAGACAGUGGAGAGCUUUUACGUUUUCAGGGUGUAGCUCUUCCUAAGGGGUUUAUGAUGAACCAUUUCUCAUUUGGAAUUUUGGAAAAACGUGCAGAACAGUUGAACACAGGAAGAGUUCCAAGCAUUCCCACCCUUGGAAACAUUGGUGGGAAACCACAGGAAUUAUCUGCUGCUAAGUAGGUGUUGCAGUACAUAGUCUGUUAUUGAAAAUAGUUAGCCUCUGAGUGAAGAGUAAGUGAGUUCAUGCAGUACCCAGCCAGGUCACACACCCAAAAGCUGGCAAAGUAUUGAUCUUUCAUAGAUACCAGGAUUUGAGACCAAAACAGCAGCAACCCUCCCAUUCCUUUGAUCCUCACC